UUCAAGGUUAGGACAUAUUUGUUUUGUUUUCAAUGCUUGGAAAGUUGAAUACCUAUAGUAUCGAACUACUAUUGUAAUAACCAAAUUAUCUAUCUAAAAGAAAUUGGAGGACAAAAAUUUAGAGCUUUCGCCUUUUUGAAAAAAAUAAACAUUUUAACAAUAUGGCGUUGGCUAUGCAAAGGAAGUCCAAUGUUCGAUUGCCCCCCGAAAUAAACCGAAUUCUCUACAUUCGUAAUCUGCCCUAUAAAAUUACCGGCGAAGAAAUGUACGAUAUAUUCGGAAAGUAUGGGGCUAUAAGGCAAAUACGAGUGGGGAACACCCCUGAGACUCGUGGAACAGCUUUUGUGGUAUAUGAAGACAUUUUUGAUGCAAAGAAUGCCUGUGACCAUUUGUCAGGCUUUAAUGUGUGUAAUAGGUACCUUGUGGUUCUUUACUACCAAGCAAAUAAAGCAUUCAGAAAGACAGACCUGGACAAAAAGCAAGAGGAGAUUGAUAAAAUGAAGUCCAAAUAUGGCAUUAACACAUAGGGUAAUUUUAAUGAGUGUGAGGAUUUUAAUUAGUUUAUAUAUUUCGAACUUAAAUUUAAAAGAGGAUUUUGUCGUCAUUAUUUAUAUAAUGAAAUUUUAAUGUUGAAAAUUUCAUCUAAUAAAAUAUAAGUUUGAAAAAUA